UUAUGAGCCGAAAAUGACAACAAUUGUUAUAGAUUUUAUUUAUUUUGAGACCACACAUGUUUAUAGUCGGAAUACCCGCGCUGUUGAUACUAUACGCGGAACAAUUUCUUUUGCACUUUUAAAGCGGCUAUCGCUGAUUAUUAACUUAUCAGUGUUGAUAUUUUGCAUCAAUAGAUUACAGAAACAUUAAUAAACAAGUGUCUAAGGCUCUCUGAGAAACUCAGUGCAAGAUAGAUCCAUUUAAGUGCCCUGCUAAUGGGCUAAUUAGCUGGUAAUGGCUGGUAUGGCCAACUUGGAGUGGGAACCGCAUCAGGCGAGAGCAAGUUAAUCGCGAUCGUGCCCAUGCUGCUCGCUGUAAGCGGAAACUUCCCGGAUAUUCCAUUACCUCUCUGCUCCGCUGGCCUGCACAAAAUCGGAGAACACUUGGAUCGUAAAUCGCGAAUGGGCCAGCGCUGAUUACAAGCGUCGAAGGUAAAUCUCUAUACUCGGCACUAGCCUGCUAACCCCUUGGAAGAAUGUGCAAUUAUUAUAAUAGCUGGUCGAAGCUCCACGCUGCCAGACAUAUGUACAUAUAGUCGGUGGGAUCGCUGGUUAGCGUUAAGAUCGCGAUUAGAUUCAAGCCGACAGCCGUAACGGGAUGGAGUCGUGGCUGAAGAUAUCGUGCCUGCUAUGCAUAUUCGGGUUUCUCCGGGAACUUCGACCCUCGGAGCCAUACCACGCGGAGAUCCUGAUGGGCGAGUGGUAUCACGUCACCCAGGACGAAGUCAACCGAUCCGUCUACCCGGUGGGUACAUACUCCUACCUGGCGCUCCUAAUCUUCGUCUUCCUCAUUACGGACCUGCUCAGAUACAAGCCCGUGAUUAUCGCCAAUGCCAUUACAGGCAUCUGCAUCUGGGGCACGCUGAUCUGGACGACCACUUUGAGCGGCCUGCAGGCGGUGGAGGUUUUCUAUGGCUUCUACCAGGCGGGCGAGGUGGCCUACUACUCGUACAUCUACGCCAAGGUGGACAAACAGUACUAUCCCAGGGUGACAUCGCACACACGGGCGGCCAUGUUCGUGGGCAAGCUAGUUGCGGGAAUCCUGGCUCAGCUGGUCAUUGGAAUGAAGUGGAUGAACUACAAGCAACUGUUUUACAUCUCCGUCAGCUCUCAAGUUGCGGCGCUACUCUGGGCAUUCUUUUUGCCAAAGGUGGAGAAGAGUUUGUACUUUCACAAUCGAAGCGAGGCCAUAGAAGGUGGAACCAAAGCGGAGGGCGGUAACCUGGAGAAGGGUUCAGAGCAACCCAGUACCGAGGAAGCGAGCCAAGAAAAGAAGGUACCAGCGUGGCAGCUCCUUUGGUUCCACUUCCGUAGUGCUUACACCAAUGCCUUAGUGAUACAAUGGAGCUUGUGGUAUGCCAUCAGUUUGGCUGGCUUUCUUCAAAUCACCACCUAUAUGCAGGUGGUAUGGAAGUCCUUCGAGAACGAACCAACAAUAGCCUGGAAUGGAGCUGUGGACGUGGCCCUGACGCUUCUAAGUGCUGUGUUUGCCCUUCUCGCCGGUUACUUCCAUGCUGGACGUCUGAGCACCAGAAGCAGCCUGCUCUCGAUGGCUUUGCUGUCGGUCCUGGAGGGCGGCUGUGUGCUGCUUUCCUGCUGGACCGAUGAUAUAUACCUGUCCUAUCUUGGCUAUGUGCUGUAUGGAGGCCUGUUUGCCUUCACCAUAACAGUGGCCAGCUCGGAGUUGGCCAGCAGCUUGGAGGAGGAUAGCUUUGCUCUGGUGUUUGGUUUCAACACGUUCGUGGGACUCCUGCUGCAGUGCAUCCUCACAUUUGUCGUUGUCUCGGAAAAGGCCAAUCUGAAUUUGAAUGUUUUUCAACAGUUUUCCGUCUACGCAUUCUAUUUUAUAGUUAUUGGAGUAGUAUAUUCCAUUGCUGUGAUUUUGCAAUACAUUUGGUCAAUAUCGAAGAAACCAAUAGCAAUUCAGGAGGCAAAUUAACAAACAUACUCUAAUGACGAAAAAGUGUUCAUUUAUCAGAUAGAAUUGUUAUGCAUUCAUAAUGUCGGUUUAAUAAAAUAAAAAUUGACUUGUAUUCUGCAACAUUACUAGUUAUAGGAAAUAUUUUCCAAGCUAUUAAAACAUCGUUGCUAUUA